CCGCCUUGAUUCAACUGAUGAACUUGACAGCAGCCCUUACAGGUGGUUUAUCUAGCAGCCAAAUCGGUUUUUGACGCUGUCUUUCAAAUUACUGAAGCUGAUCAGGAUAUUAUAAAUGUAGCUCCCACAGGAAUAACCAAAGUAAAAGGAAUGAAGAAAUAAGUACAAAAUGUUAUAAGCUCAAAACAAUUGUAUCGUGUCGUUGUGGAAAAGCAAAAAAAAAAAGCGGCGAAAAUAAUGUCAAAAGAUAUCUGAUGAAUUUUAUUUACAAAAUUGUGUCUGCAUAUAAAUAGAAUUGUAUCAUUUCGGCUGGCGAUUUUAAAACAAAGAGAAGGAGAAAAUAUAUUGUCUGUGUUCGUUAGACAACCCUUAGUUUCCUUGGAGAAAGAGAAAGAAUUCUCAUUUCUUUUAAUGCACUUGUUCCCGGUUUCGAUUCUGUAGAGAGCCAGCCAUGUUGCGCACCCGGUGAAGGGAAUUGAGCUUUGACGCCGUUAAGUUGACAGUGACCUGUCUCGUGAGAUAUACAUGUUUUGUUAUCUUUAAUUCUAUCUAAACGUCUUUACAAACCAAAAAUGUCUGUAUCAAGCGAGUUAGAUGUUGAAAACUUAGGAGGGCAAAUACCUCAGCCACACUACAGAACUCUCGACGAUGAACGGCUUUCCGCUGAGGAAAUGGAUGAGAAGAGAAAACAGAAUAUGGCUUAUGAAUAUCUUUGCCAUUUAGAAGAAGCUAAAAAGUGGAUUGAAGCUUGUACAGAUGAAGAACUUCCUACGACAACAGAACUUGAAGAAGGUCUUCGAAAUGGUGUUUAUCUCGCAAAGUUGGCUCAUUUUUUCGCUCCUAAUGGAGCAAAAAGUAAAAGAAUUUAUGACAAAGAACAAACAAGAUAUAAGGCCACUGGUCUCCAUUUCAGACAUACCGAUAAUAUCAACCACUGGCUCACUGCUAUGGAAGAAAUUGGUCUUCCUCCGAUAUUUUAUCCUGAAACCACUGACAUCUAUGAUAAGAAAAAUGUACCCCGAGCCAUAUAUUGUGUACAUGCUCUCAGUUUAUAUUUAUUUAAGCUUGGACUUGCUCCUCAGAUACAAGAUUUGUAUGGGAAAAUUAAUUUCACAGAGGAGGAGAUUAGUAACAUGAGAAAAGAGCUGGAGAAAUAUGGAAUUCAAAUGCCAUCUUUUGGUAAAAUUGGUGGAAUUUUAGCUAAUGAGAUGUCUGUUGAUGAUGCAGCAUUACAUGCAGCUAUCAUUGCUAUAAAUGAUGCCAUUGAUCGCAAAGAUGCGCCAGAGACAAUGAAAGCUCUACAAAAUCCAGCAGCUAUGCUGGUUAAUUGUCAAAUGGAUUUUGCUGAAACUUACCAAACAGAAUUAUGGGAAGCUAAGCAAACAAAAGCUGAAAAUUCAAGAAAUAAGUUCAUUGAUCCUAACAGUACAUAUGAGGCAGAUGUCUAUGAUGAACUCUUAACUCAAGCUGAGAUUCAAGGAUAUAUAAACCAAGUCAAUGUUUACACAUCAUUGACUUGGAUCAAUGAUGCUCUUCAAAAAAUGGAUCGUGAUUCUUUGAUUAAUGCUCUCACAUCAGGUUUUCUAUCACUGAAGAAUGUAAACCUCAACAACAUUGACUUCUAUAUGAAAUGUCUGCAAGACACACUUGAACUGAAAAAAAACAAUAAUGGUGGCGAUGUUUUCUUAGAUAAAGAUGAAGUUCAAGCUGCAAUCAAUCUUGCAAACCAGGAAGCAGACGUAGAAUAUCAGAAGCAAGUUGCCGUGAAGAAUAUCAAUCUUGCUAUUGAAAACACUGAUGCUGAGCAAUUAAUGAAAGCUCUUCAGAACCCAGCUGCCCAAUUGAGUCCAAUCGAUGACACUGCCCCUAUGUUGUACUGUGAUGAGUUCUGUAGUAUUAGGCAAGAGAAACAGGCCUCUCUGGAGUAUCAUGAAAUUUUUAAUGCAGUCAAAAUUCUUUCUGCAAUUGCUGCAAUAAAUAGUGCUAUUGACAGAAGAAAUUCUCAUGCAACAUUCACUGCCCUAAGUGAUCCAAAUGCACAUAUUCCUACACUUGAUUUUGAACUCAGUGAGAAGUAUCAAAACUGUCUAGUAAAGGAAAAACAGAAGAAAAUUGAGUUACCUUGUGAGCAGCUAACACACCAUGAAAUUGUAAUGGCAGUAGAAAAAGUUCAUCAACAAGUUCAACAGGAGCAUGAACGAGUUUGUGCUAUAGGGACAAUCAAUGAUGCUAUUUCUAAUGGUGAUGAACAAGCUGUAUUAGCUGCUUUGCAGCUUCCAGCAGCUCAACUUCAAAAUGUCAGGGAUCGGCUUGCUCACCAGUAUAUGGUUAUGCUUAUUAAUAAAAAGAAUAAGAAAGCAUUGCAAUCUCAAGAUGAAGACACACUACUGUGGCUGGAGGAAAUUCAGGAAACUAUCUUUGAAGCAAAUGAAGAUGAAGAGAAAGCUGUUGAAAUGUCUUUGGGUAUCAAAGAUAUAAAUGCCAACUUAAAUCAAGAUUCGUCAGAUGUUCUGCUUCAGUCUUUGCAAUGUCAACCUGUUCAAUUGCAAAAUUUACGUACUUCUUGUGGGAAUAUCUAUAUGGAAAAGCUGAGAGCUCUUCGCAGUGAAAAGGAAACACUGGGUGAGACUGGAACUGGAUGGAUGAUGAACAGAUCACCCGAAGGCUUUAAGUUUUUUUACAAUGUAAUUACUGGAGAUUACACUUGGGUUCGGAAUGACUCAAUCAUAAAAGAUUAUUCUAUUCUGACAAAAGAGGAAAUCCAGAGUGUUUUAACUGAAAUUCAAGAAAACUAUGACCGAGAGCUCUUGUUUAAGGCAAAUGAAGGUUUCAUUAUCUUGGUCCAAGCUUUAAUUCGUGGUUACUUGGUGAGGAAAUCAUUUAAUGACCGCAUUACCUAUAUCAACUCUCAAACACCAGCAAUUACUAAAAUCCAGGCUUACUGGAGAGGUUCUCGUCAACGAAACCUUUAUAAAACCAGAAAACAGUACUUGAAACAGAAUGGUCCUGCUGUCCUUAAGUUACAAGCAUUAACCAGAAUGUACUUGACCAGAAAAAGAUACAGAGAGAGACUAAAAUAUUUCAAAGACAAUGAAAAUUCCAUUGUAAAAAUCCAAGCCUUUGUUCGAUCUACCCUUGCCAGACAUGAUUAUAAAUCUCUUGUUUAUGAUGAUAAUCCUCCCUUGAGUGUUGUCCGCAAGUUUGUACACUUGCUGGAUGCUAGUGAUGCUGAUUAUGCAGAAGAACUUGAACUACAAAAGUUAAGACAGCAAGUUGGAUCUGAAAUUCGUUCCAAUCAGCAGUUGGAAAAUGAUUUAAAUCAAAUGGAUAUUAAAAUUGGUCUUUUGAUUAAAAAUAGAAUUACUUUACAGGAUGUUGUAUUUCACAAUCACAAACUGAAAAAACAUGCUGAACGAACUGGAGCAAUGUCUCGGGGACUGAAGGCCCUGAGUAAAGAAAGUCGUGGAAAACUGGAUGCCUACCAACAUUUGUUCUAUUUGUUACAAACAAAUCCAACUUACCUUGCAAAACUGAUUUUUGAAAUGCCCCAAAGCAAAACAACCAAGUUUAUGGAGUCUGUCAUAUUUUCCCUAUUUAACUAUGGUUCUAAUGCUAGAGAAGAAUUUCUCUUGUUACGCUUGUUCAAAACUGCCUUAGAAGAAGAAAUUACCUCUAAAGUUGACAAGAUGUCAGACAUUGUAACAGGGAAUCCCAUGAUUAUUAAGAUGAUUGUUGGCUUCAACAGAAAUCCAAGGGGACAAAGUGCUUUACGAGAACUUUUACAUCCAUUGAUCAAAGAGGUUUUGGAUGACAAAGAAUUUUUAAUAAACACAAAUCCUGUAGAAGUAUACAAGAGUUGGAUAAACCAGACAGAAUCCCAAACUGGACAGGCCAGUGGUUUGGCUUAUAAUGUGACUUCUGAGCAAGCUAUGAAACAUUCAGAAGUGAAAAGUCUUAUUCAAGAAUCGAUAGUAAAGUUACAAAAAGCCACAGACAAGUUCUUGAUAACAAUUACCCAAUCUUUGGACAAAAUUCCGUAUGGAAUGCGUUACAUGGCCAAAGUCCUGAAAGCUGCUUUAUGGAAAAAGUUUCCUCUUGCUCCUGAAAAAGAUGUCCUCAAAAUUGUUGGUAACCUUAUCUAUUACCGCUACAUAAAUUCUGCCAUUGUGGCUCCAGAUGCUUUUGAUAUUAUCGAUGUCAGCGCCAACAAAGCUCUUAGUGCUGACCAGCGGAGGAAUCUUGGGUCAAUUGCUAAGAUUCUUCAAUUUGCUGCAUCUAACAAGGGGUUUGCUGGUGACAGUAGCCAUCUUUCUUGUAUGAACGAUUACAUCAGAGAAGCUCAUAAAAAAUUCAAAAACUUUUUCCAAAUGGCUUGUGAAGUUGAAGACUUAGAAAAUAAGUUUAACAUCGACCAAUAUACGGAUGCCACUAUGGUGUCAAAACCAGUAAUCUACAUGUCUGUUCAAGAAAUCUGUGAUACUCACCAACUUUUACUGAAACAUCAAGAUACCAUUUCACCAGAUCAUAAUGAUCCACUAAAUGAACUGCUGGAAGAUCUUGGGGAGUGCCCCACGGUUGAUGCUUUAUUAGGUGCCGAGAUCAAUGCAGGGGGAGAAGAUGGCCUAGAUGAGAGUGUACGAGCUCAGUUGGCUAAAACUGAAAUUACUCUCACUUUAAUGAAUAAAUUCGAGGUCCCUGAUGACGAUAUGUCUGACAUUAAAGGAAUGAUGAUCAGAACAAAGAAAAUGAUAGUUGAUGUAAUAGCCUGCCAAUCUGGAGAAACUCUUUCGCAGAUUUUGGAAGUACCAUCAACAGAUGAACAAGAAGACAUUCACCAAGCAUUGAUUAAAAAGCGUGACAUGAUAGAUAAAAAAGCUUCCAACCAAGGAAAAUUAGAGCGACAAACCUCUCUGUUGGGUGACAAUAGGCUACCCCUGGAAAUGAUGAAAGGAAAAAUUAAAAAGAAUCUUCAAAAUCUUGAACUUGCCAAUUUAGUAACUCGAAAAAAUAAAUACCAAGACAUCAUUAAUUCUAUUGCACGGGAUAUUCGCAACCAACGGCGUUAUAGAAAUACACGUAGACAGGAAUUGAUACGACUACGAAGUGCAGUAAAAAGUUUGCACAAUAAAAGGGCUUUCUAUGAAGAACAAAUCGACUAUUACAACCUGUAUGUGAAAACCUGCUUGGAUAAUAUGGCACACAAGGAAAAUCGCAAAUCAAGGUCUUUUACCCUGUUUCGUAAAGAUGACAAUCUGACCACUGUGAAAUACAGUGCUGCCCAGCUUUAUGAGAAGGGCCUGAUUUUGGAAAUAGAAGAUUUGGCUGUCAACCAGUUUAAGAAUGUUCUUUUUGAGAUUUCCAAUACCGAGAAGACUGGUGUUUUUGAAGUGAAUGCCAAGUUUUUAGGAGUCCAUAUGGAAAAGGUUGAACUUGUGUUUCAGGAUUUGCUCCAGCUGCAGUAUGAAGGUGUUGCUGUAAUGAACAUGUUUAACCGUGCAAAAGUGAAUGUCAAUUUACUGAUAUUUCUCCUGAACCGUAAAUUUUAUGGCAGGUGAACAGGACACAAAUUUAUCUUCCAAGUGUCUGUCUGCACUGAACUUCCUGUCGAGGAUUGCUUUCUACUCAAUUACAACAUAAUCAUAUUAUGCAGACAAAAUAGUUAAAAUGUGAACAUAAAAAAAAAAAAAAAAUUCAUGAGAUUUUUUCCAGCUUAUAGGAAGGAAUUCGUUCCAUCAGUUAUUAUUGGGAACACGAGUGAAUUAAUUAUAAUUUUAUGUUUUUCAUUGCAUGUAAAUAUUCUCGAUGGAUUUCUUAGUCUUCUGUGUAUGCAGCAUAUGGAUGAAUUUAGCUUUACAACUUUUUAUUUAAAAUAAAUACAAUUCCAAACUGAUUCUACCAGAAUUAUUGGAACAAUUAUUGGAAUAUAUAUAUUGUCAAUAUAUAUAAUCUCUUUCAGUUUUACAAACCAAUUUCUUUAUAAUACAGUAAAAAAUGUAAAUUAUAAUUCAGAUUAAUGCAUCAUUUUAUUUCACAUAUCUCUAUUUUGUGCAUAUGAACUCAAAACUUGCUUGAAAAAAUGUGCACCAGAAUGUGGACUGAAUGGGUUUUUGUUUUGUUUUUGUUUUGUUUCCUUCAUUUUCUUUGUGCUAUUUUUCUUCUUUUCUUAAAUAAUUAUAAAUUAUGAUAGUUUAUGUUACUUAGAUGUUCAAAUAUGAAUAGAUUUUCUUGAUUUAUUAUUUUAGUUUUAUUAUUUAGCUUUUAUAUUUAGUCUGUAAUUUAGGUCUAUCCAUGACUAUUGCAUACAAUUGUCUGUUAUAAACAUAUACUGAAAACCAAUAAAUUCCUAAUAAAGAAAAAAAAUUGUCAACAUUUA